AUGUCACUUCGGCGGUCAGCGCGGUUGGGCUCCAUCCCAAGCAUCAAGGCACAACUACCAGCCACGGUUAAGGUGACUCGAGUACCGACUAAUGGCAUCACCAAGCCUCGCAAAGCCUCUACAGUCAAGAAAGCAGCAUCAAGAGCCUCCACAGAUCCACAAUCCAACACAGAGAGUUCAUACUGGUCUCCAGAGCCUCCGACUGGGCUCUCGACCAACGUAACAGCCUAUCCCUCCAGACUAGAAGAUGCCUCGCCCUCAAAGACAGGAAUGCCGCCCCCGCUGGCUACAACGGGGACACUACUUGAACAAGCCACCGCCCACCUGAUCGCCACAGACCCUCGCCUGAAGUCAGUCAUAGAGCAGCAUCCAUGCUCGUUAUUCUCGCCUGCGGGUCUAGCGGAGCAAAUCGACCCAUUCAAUAGCUUGGUCAGCAGUAUCAUCGGGCAACAAGUCUCCGGCGCAGCGGCGAAGUCAAUUCGCAAUAAAUUCCUAGCGCUGUUCAAUAUCGAUGAUCCGGCCGGGAUCGCUCACUCACGGUUCCCCUUGCCAGCGGAGGUUGCCAAUGUUGAUCUCCCAACGCUAAGGACGGCGGGGUUGAGUCAGCGUAAAGCGGAAUACAUACAGGGACUGGCAGAGAAAUUUGCGAGUGGGGAGCUGAGUGCAAGGAUGCUGGCGAAGGCUAGCGAUGAGGAGCUUUUGGAGAAGCUUAUUGCUGUUCGGGGGCUGGGGAAGUGGUCUGUUGAAAUGUUUGCUAUGUUUGCGCUGAAGCGGACUGAUGUCUUUUCUACGGGAGAUCUUGGAGUGCAACGUGGGUGUGCGGCAUUUGUUGGUCGAGAUGUGACCAAGUUGAAAGGGAAAGGAGGUGGUAAGUUCAAGUACAUGGCGGAGAAGGAUAUGUUAGAAUUGGCGGCCAAAUUCUCGCCGUAUAGGAGCCUCUUCAUGUGGUACAUGUGGAGGAUCGAGGAUGUUGACAUCGCCGUAAACGAAGAAAUCGAUUUGUACAGUAUCAGUACACUUCACUUGAAUUAA